GAUCGCGGACAAAGCCAAUUGGGCCAGGAUCAGCCCAUCCGGAUUUUGCUGAGGUCGCACCUGCCAAUAAAGCCGCAAGUAGAGAGGAAGAAGCAGGUGCUAAACGGUUUUGGCGCGUGGGAGCGAGCUAUAGAGAGAGCUUUGGUAGGUAUAAUAAUAAGCGAGCGAGAGGGAGGGAGAAAUCUGAGUUAGGGUUUUUUGAAUUUCCCCGAAAGGGAGAGAUAGAGAGAGUGUUGUGAGUCUUGGAGAGCUAAGAGAGCGAUUUCGAUUCUUCGAUUUGAGUGUUGUUAGGGUUUCUCCAUCUCCAUCUCUGUUUGGCUUUUUAGCUCACAUUUCUUCGCCUUUUUCAUGGACCGAAAGCUUGUGGUUCUGGGUAUUCCGUGGGAGGUGGAUACAGAAGGCUUGAGAGAAUACAUGACCAAAUUUGGAGAAUUGGAUGAUUGUAUUGUCAUGAAGGAGAGGUCAUCAGGUCGUUCUCGUGGUUUUGGAUAUGUAACAUUUGCAUCUGCUGAAGAUGCAAAGAGUGCAUUAUCAAGUGAACACUUUCUUGGAAACAGAAUGCUCGAAGUUAAAGUGGCCACACCAAAGCAGGAGGAAAUGAGAGCACCUGCAAAGAAAGUGACAAGGAUAUUUGUCGCAAGGAUUCCACCCUCUGUUACUGAAACAACCUUCCGCAGUCAUUUUGAGAAAUAUGGUGAAAUAAUUGAUCUAUACAUGCCGAAGGUGAGCUCAUCACUUGAUCAUAGCUCAAAAGCACAUCGUGGGAUUGGGUUUAUCACAUUUGCCAGUGCAGAUUCUGUAGAUAGUUUGAUGGCUGAUACUCAUGAAUUGGGAGGUUCAACUGUAGUUGUUGAUCGAGCAACACCUAAAGAAGAUGAUUUCAGGCCAGUAGGAAGGAUGGCACAUGGUGGAUAUGGUGCAUACAAUGCUUAUAUUUCUGCAGCAACUAGAUAUGCGGCCCUUGGUGCUCCUACUUUAUAUGACCAUCCUGGUCCAAUGUAUGGAAGGGAACCUGCUCGAGGAGUGGGAAAAAAGAUCUUUGUUGGCAGGCUUCCUCAGGAAGCUACUCCUGAAGAUUUACGCCAGUAUUUCGGUAGAUUCGGCCAUAUAUUAGAUGUGUAUGUUCCCAAGGACCCAAAGAGAACUGGCCAUAGAGGUUUUGGAUUUGUAACGUUUGCUGAAGAAGGUGUAGCAGAUCGUGUUUCUCGAAGGUCCCAUGAAAUUUGCGGACACCAGGUUGCAAUAGAUUCAGCCACACCUAUUGAUGAUGCUGGCCCUAGUGGAAAUUUCAUGAUGAAUGCUGCUCCAUCAUUUGGUGGUUAUGGUGGUCCUUUACGCAACUUUGGCAGGAUGUAUGGGAGCCUGGAUUAUGAUGAUUGGGGUUAUGGAAUGGGGAGUGCAAGACCUUCAAGAGCAGAUUGGAGGUAUAGGCCAUACUAAAUUAAGUGUUGUGGCCUUGAAGAACUUGGAUUUUGGCUCUGACGUCUUUGUGGUGUCAUCAAAAUGUGCAGAGUUUGUGAUUUGAAAGUUUCUUUUACGCAGUAGAAUAAAUUUGUAGACAAUUUUUGUUUAUGUAGUUACGGAUAGUGCUAAACACUUUGUACUUUUAUUUCCAAUGUCAAGCUGUUCGAUAUAUUACUUCUGAUGGCCAAAUAGGCAUGUAGGAAUGAACUGAACUGAAAUGUUCUGUUUUACCAUGUUUGUAAGAUAUUCAUGUUUAAGCAUUUUGUAAUCAA